GUUCAAUGGAGGCCGUCAACGCUCUUUUUUGCCCUAUUCAUCUUUGAAAAAGACGAGAGUGAGAAACGUCGAAAGAGAGAGGCUGGGCAGAGAUGAGGCCUCUGUGGACCCUGUUGAUUUCUUUCAAGCAGUGGGGGAGUGACAGGCAGUGACGGUGGGUACACAGCGUAACCUUUAAAGCGGAGCCACAGGAGCAUGACGGCCAGACUCCAAGAUCACACUCAGAAUGGUUCCCCAAGCCGAGGGGUGCUGUGAGGAUGUGGUACCUGGGUGUCAUCUGGGUGCUCUCUGUCACACUUCUGGCCAGUCUGGUGAUCUGGAUCAGAAGACAAGUUAAAGGUGGUGAUGAUGACCUCUCAGUACCUGAAUGCAACAACAAGACGCCCAGUCCUGAUCCAGCAGAGGAGGCUGCCAGCUCCAGCUCCAGGAAAAUGGCAGAGAAGGCUCCCAUUGACCCAACAAAGAUGGGGGAGGGCAGGGCCAUCGCCGUGUUGACAUCGGGAGGUGAUGCCCAGGGUAUGAAUGCAGCUGUGAGGGCCACAGUCCGAGUUGGACUUUACACCGGGGCCAAGGUCUAUUUUGUCCAUGAGGGCUACCAGGGUCUGGUGGAUGGAGGUGACAACAUUCGCGCUGCUACUUGGGAGAGUGUGUCAAUGAUGCUACAGCUGGGCGGGACUGUGAUUGGUAGCGCUCGCUGUCAGGAUUUCCGCACCAAAGAGGGACGCACCAAGGCUGCCUGCAAUCUAGUCAAGCUGGGCAUCACCAACCUGUGUGUGAUCGGAGGUGAUGGCAGUCUGACUGGUGCCAACCAGUUCAGAACAGAGUGGAGCGAGCUGCUGGCUGACCUGGUCGGAGCCGGCAAGAUCACUGAAAAUGAGGCAAAGAGCUCCUCCCUUCUCAACAUUGUGGGCAUGGUGGGCUCCAUUGACAACGACUUCUGUGGCACUGACAUGACCAUCGGCACCGACUCUGCCCUGCAUCGCAUCAUAGAGAUUGUAGAUGCCAUCACCACCACAGCACAGAGCCACCAGAGGACCUUCAUCCUGGAGGUAAUGGGCAGGCACUGUGGUUACCUGGCUUUGGUGACGGCUCUGGCCUGUGGUGCUGACUGGGUGUUCAUCCCUGAGAUGCCCCCAGAUGAGGGAUGGCAAGAUCAUUUGUGCAGAAGACUGAUUGACCAAAGAGGCCGUGGAUCCCGUUUGAAUAUUAUCAUUGUUGCAGAGGGAGCCAUUGAUCUCAAUGGUAAACCUAUCACAUGUGACCACAUCAAACAGUUGGUAUCAAAGAAGCUGGGCUUUGACACCCGCACCACUGUCCUGGGUCAUGUCCAGAGAGGAGGAACACCUUCUGCCUUUGACAGAAUCCUGGCCAGCAGGAUGGGGGUGGAAGCAGUGAUGGCUCUGCUGGAAGCUACACCAGACACUCCUGCCAGUGUGGUCAGCUUAUCUGGAAACAUGGCUGUCAGGCUGCCUCUCAUGGAGUGUGUGCAAGUGACUAAAGAUGUCACAGCAGCCAUGGCUGAGGGAAGGUUUGAGGAAGCUGUGAAGCUCAGGGGAAAGAGCUUUGAGAACAACUGGAACACGUACAAAAUGUUGGCUCAUGUGCACAUCCCAGAUACUAAGAGUAACAUCAACAUCGCCAUAUUGAAUGUUGGAGCUCCUUGUGCUGGAAUGAACGCUGCCGUUCGAUCAGCUGUCAGGAUCGGGCUCCUACAGGGCCACCAGAUGCUGGCAGUGCAUGACAGCUUUGAUGGCUUGGCUCAUGGAAUGAUUGAGCCCAUUGGUUGGUCUGGUGUGGCUGGAUGGACUGGAAAAGGGGGUUCCAUGCUGGGCACAAAGAGAUCCCUGCCAAAUGAGUUCAUGGAAGAGAUCAGUCUGAGCAUCACAAAGUUCAACAUUCAUGCUAUGGUCAUCAUUGGAGGCUUUGAGGCAUUUGUUGGCGGUCUGCAGAUGGUGCAGGCUAGAGAAAAGUACGAGGAACUCUGUAUUCCCCUUGUCGUUGUUCCUGCGACCGUCUCCAAUAAUGUUCCCGGAUCCGACUUCAGUAUUGGCGCUGAUACUGCUCUUAACACUAUUACUAUGACAUGUGACAGGAUCAAACAAUCUGCUGCUGGCACCAAGAGAAGAGUGUUCAUUGUUGAAACUAUGGGAGGAUACUGCGGCUACCUGGCAACUAUGGCUGGUUUGGCGUCUGGGGCCGAUGCUGCUUACAUUUAUGAGGAACCUUUCAACAUUCAUGAUCUUGAGGUGAAUGUGGAGCAUCUGGUGGAGAAGAUGAAGACCACAGUGAAAAGAGGACUCGUUCUCAGAAAUGAGAAAUGCAAUGCCAACUACACCACAGACUUUAUCUUCCAAUUGUAUACAGAGGAGGGCAGUGGUGUGUUUGACUGUAGAAAGAAUGUGUUGGGGCACAUGCAGCAGGGUGGAACACCUACUCCCUUCGACAGGAAUUUUGGGACAAAGAUGGGGAUUAAAUCUGUCUUAUGGUUGACUGACAAGCUAAAGGAAUGCUACAGACAUGGUCGUAUCUUUGCCAACUCUUCAGAUUCAGCCUGUGUGCUGGGCAUGAAGAAAAGAGCUUUGGUCUUCCAGCCUCUGGCAGAACUAAAAGAUCUAACUGACUUUGAACACCGCAUUCCAAAGAAGCAGUGGUGGCUAAAGCUGAGGCCCAUCCUGAAGAUUCUGGCCAAGUACAAGAUCAAUCUGGACACCUCUGAGAGGGCUGCGAUGGAACACAUCAUUAAGAAGAGAGGCGUAGUUCCCUAGUAGUUUCUCCAUGUGAUUGUUCUGUAAUAGUGUCAAAGCACUUUGUAAACUCUCUCUUUGACAAGUGCAAUAUUAAU